UCUAAAGUAGUUUCGCAUCGCAGUUAGCUCGAUGAGGACCGGUGCACCAUAGCUCCUUGACGAAAACAGUUAUAUCAUAUAAACAAACGGGAAAAUUUUUACCUGUGAAACUUUAUUUCAUUUGAUUAUUUAUUAUGUUUGUGGAUCUUUUUAAUCAAAAAGAAAUGAAUUGAUACAAUUUGUGAUCGUUUAACUAUGAGGAAGGAUACGAUUAUUAGCGAGUGAAUAUUUAGCUGCAUUGUAUUGUAAAUUUUUCAUCGCCUGUAGUUCCAUAUUUGAUGUAUUUUGUGUAGUUUUGUGGCGAUGACUUCGAGAGUUAAAAUGGAGAAAAUUGACGAAACUAAUGUUACUGAAGCCAAAAGGCCAGAAGAUGUUAUUAAAAUGCCCCUAAAUGAUAACCUUAAGUUUGCUGUUCUUAUAGGUUUAGUGGAGGUGGGGCAAGUGUCAAACAAGGAAGUUGUAAACACAGUUCUUCACCUGCUGGUUGGGGGAGAAUUCGACAUGGAACUAAAUUUUGUUAUACAACAGCCCCAAAAUAUAGUACAUAUGCUAGAUCUGUUGGAUCACUGCCCGUCCAGUUUGCAGGCUGAGGUGUGGAGUGUGUUUAUUGCUAUUUUAAGGAAAAGCCUUCGAAAUCUACAAGCUUGUACAGAUGUUGGUCUUAUUAAACAUGUUCUUUCUAGGUUACCAUGUGUUGAAGAAGUUGUAGCAGAUCUACUGAUUGAAAUUUUAGGAGUUUUAGCUAGUUAUAGUAUUACUGUUAGAGAGCUUAAGCUUUUAUCUGGUUGUAUGAAAGCAGAAAGUGGAAAAUGGCCGAGGCAUUCUGUAAAACUUCUUUCAGUAUUAAGGCAGUUGCCACAAAGACAUGGUCCUGAUACUUUCUUUAGUUUUUCUGGCAAGAAAGGUGCUGCUAUAGCAUUACCCCCUUUAGCGAGAUGGCCAUAUCAAAAUGGUUGGACAUUUAGUUCAUGGUUUAGGUUAGAUCCAAUAAAUAGUGUAAAUAUUGAAAGAGAAAAACCAUAUCUAUUUUGCUUUCGUACCUCAAAAGGAGUUGGUUACUCUGCACAUUUUGUAGGAAAUUGUCUUGUUUUUACAUCUAUGAAAGUGAAAGGUAAAGGCUACCAGCACUGUGUAAAGUAUGAAUUUCAACCAAGAAAGUGGUAUAUGAUUGCUAUUGUAUAUAUUUAUAAUCGUUGGAGCAAGAGUGAAAUCAAAUGCUUUGUUAAUGGACAGCUGGCUUCAACGACUGAAAUGAGUUGGCUUGUGAAUAAUAAUGAGCCCUUUGAUAAGUGUUACAUUGGUGCUGCUCCUGAAUUGGAGGAAGAACAUGUUUUUUGUGGACAGAUGUCUGCGAUGUAUCUUUUUAGUGAAGCUCUUUCAACUCACCAGAUAUGUGCCAUCCAUAGGUUAGGUCCAGGUUACCAGAGUCAAUUUCGGUUUGAUGGGGAAGCGAGUUCAUCUUUACCAGAAAAUUUAAAAAGGGUAUUGUAUGAUGGCAAACUCUCAAGUGCCAUAGUGUUCAUGUAUAAUCCUGUAGCCACGGAUAGUCAGCUAUGUUUGCAAGCUGCUCCAAAGGGAAAUAUUUCCUUCUUUGUCCACACACCUCAUGCACUCAUGUUGCAAGAUGUAAAAGCCAUUACAACAUAUUCCAUCCACAGUACUCUAAAUUCUAUUGGUGGAAUUCAGGUUUUAUUUCCAUUAUUGGGUCAGCUAGAUAUUCCAACUGGUAUCACUCUACCGAAAAACCAAGAGAAAAAACCAACAACAUGCUCUACUCUAAUUGGUUUUGUUUGCGAUUUGGUGGAGAACUCUCCUACCGUCCAACAGCACAUGAUCCAAAACAAAGCUUUUUUGGUUAUUAGCUAUUUAUUACAAAAAGCUUCUAGAGAUCAUAUAACAGAGGAAGUGUUAUUAUCUUUCUUAAAUCUUACAAAGUACUUGGUCACAGUUAACAAUAGUAACAGUGAGUUAUUGUUGAAACAACUGCUUGACCACAUUUUAUUCAAUCCGGCCCUGUGGAUUUACACUCCAACUGUUGUUCAAACAAAGCUUUUUACGUACCUUGCAACAGAUUUUCUGGCGGAUACACAAAUAUAUAGUAAUGUUCGUCGAAUAAGCACUGUUUUGCAAACAAUGCACACUUUGAAAUAUUAUUACUGGGUGGUUAAUCCAAGAAACAAAAGUGGAAUAACUCCCAAAGGAAUAGAUGGUCCCCGUCCUAAUCAAAAUGAUAUAAUGUCCAUUCGUGCUUACAUUCUGUUAUUUUUAAAGCAAUUGAUUUUAAAAGGAAAUGGGGUCAAAGAAGAUGAGCUACAAAGCAUACUGAACUAUUUGACUACCGUCCAUGAGGAUGAAAAUCUUCACGAUGUACUUCAAAUGUUGAUGUCGCUUAUGUCCGAACAUCCUGCCUCAAUGGUUCCAGCUUUUGAUAUUAAAAAUGGAAUAAGAACUGUGUUCAAAUUGCUUGCAUCCACCAAUGAGGUUAUUCGCCUACAAGCUUUAAAACUGUUAGGCUAUUUUUUGAGCAGAAGUACUCAUAAGCGGAAGCAUGAUGUGAUGGGUCCUCAUAAUUUAUAUAUGUUAUUAGCUGACAGAUUGCUUUUACAUUCUGAUCAUAUUUCUCUUUCAACAUAUAAUGUAUUGUAUGAGAUUCUAACUGAACAUGUAUCAAGCCAGAUUCUGUAUCAAAAGCAUCCUGAGCCCGAAUCUCAUUAUCGUUUGGAAAAUCCAAUGAUUCUAAAAGUAAUUGCUACUUUAAUACGUCAAUCAAAAACUUGUGAAGAACUUAUGGAAACAAAGAAACUAUUUCUCUCUGAUAUGACAUUGCUUUGCAACAAUAAUAAGGAAAACCGAAGGACCGUACUUCAAAUGUCUGUUUGGCAAGAGUGGCUCAUAGCAAUGGCUUAUAUUCAUCCUCAAAAUGCCGACGAACAGAAGCUUUCUGACAUGGUUUAUUCAUUGUUUCGAAUGCUCCUUCAUCAUGCCAUAAAAUAUGAAUAUGGUGGUUGGAGAGUUUGGGUCGACACUUUAGCCAUUGUUCAUUCAAAAGUAUCAUUUGAAGAGUUUAAGUUGCAGUUUUCUCAGAUGUACGAACAGUAUGAACAGCGGCGAUCAGAUCACAUAACAGAUCCAGCACUUCGGAAACAGAAGCCCAUCAGCACAAUCUCAGGAUUAGAUAAUAAUAAUCGUGCCUUAAAUGUUAUUAAUCCACCCAGACCUGAUGUCAUUCAAAAAGAGCUAAAGGACAAUAAUUCAGUUGUUGACAAUUCAAAAGCAGCUAACCAGACUUCUUUAUCAUACACUAUUGAAGGAAAGGAAGAUGUCAUUGUUGCAGAAGGGGAACUCAGUGAUGUGAAGUUGGUUUCAUCUAGUAUAGAUAGCUCAAGAGAAAACCCCAUACCUGUACAAACUUCAGAAACCUAUGAUGUGAGUAACAAACCAAAUUAUAACAGUAGUCUUUGUGAGGCUCUUUUAACUACAGAUGACCAUCGGCCAGUUCCCGUUUCUUCUGAUGAGAGUGGAAUAAUCCAUCCUCUUCAUGCUGAACCAUGUGAAAUCCAAGAUGCCGUUGAAGACAAUGCGGAAGAAAUUUCCCAAGUGAACGAACAGGAAAGAUCUCCCUCGAACGAUCCUCACGAGACAGAGUCACAGUCUCCUAUCAGUGCCAAAACAGAAACCGAGUGUGCAAACUCACCUGGUGACUCUGGCUUUGUUUCAAUUGUAGAUUCUGAGGAGUUGAAGAACAAAACCGUUGCUGAUGAUGAGGUGAUGUGUGAGAGUGAACUUGUUCCUGAUGACGAGGUGAUGUGUGAAAGUGAACUUGCUCCUGAUGAUGAAAGUGCAGCUACUGGAAGGUCUCCUGAUGAAUUACCUCACGAGACUCUGGAUGACGACCAGAUUAUGAAAUCUUUUGAUGACAGCGAGCUGUUAACUUCAGAAGCAGUUUCAUAUCUAGAUGAUCAGAAGUGUGAUAUAGAUGAAGGUAUGCAGCUAGAACAAGAUAUUGAAUUAAAUUCGCCAAAUGUAGAUUCUGUUGGUUCCCCUGAAAAAACACAUAUACCUGAUGUUGAACAAAAAACUGAUCUAGGUGUUGAAGAUGUUGAAAUUUCUGAAACUGGCAAUGAUUCAAAUUCUAAAAUGAAUUUUGAGGGUGAGAUACCAUCAAAUGAAACUGCAGCUUCUGUUGAAGAAAUAUUGAGUGAAAAUUCCAAUGACUUAACAUCUGAUAUUGCUGUUAGUGAAACUCCUAUUCAAAUCUCUGAAGAGUGUGAACUGGAAAAAUCAAUGGAAGAACAAAACAGACAGGAAGAGGCUCCAGAGGAGUCUACUUUAUCUUUUGAACCAGAUCUUUCAGAAACAAUAGAGAAUUCAUUGCCCACUCCUGAAAGUUCACCACUACAUAAAAGUACAGAACUGGAAAAUCAGGAUAAACCUGAAUCUUGUAAAAAUUCCCCUAAAAAAUCUGAUCAAACUGAAUUAGAGAAAAAUAUUUCAACUUCACCACUCCCAGAAAGUGUCAAAACUGUGAUAUCAGAAUCUGAAACUUUAUCAGAUAUCAAUGCUGUUUCAUUUUCAGAACAUACUAUUCAGGAUACUGUACUUGUUUAUAGCGAAGGAAAUGGCUUGUGUAAAGACUAUGGCAUUGAAACAGUUAAAUCAUCUGUAAGGGAGAUCACUACUGCCCAUGAGUCAAUUGCUGAUUCUCAAAUUAGUCUUCAGAAUGCUCAAGAAAUAGUCAGCGAUUCACAGUCUGAUGUACCCAUUCCAGAAUCUGUUAGAUCACCUGAAAAAUCUCAAGAACCUACAGAUAGUGUGACAUCUCAAACAGAAAUCCAGGACACUGUUACUGAUGUGAAAGAUAAUGCAGCCAGUGAGGAAACAUGUCCUGGUUCAACAGAAUUUGAAGAAAGAGAAACUGAAAAUAAUUCAACUGUAAUAAGUACAAUUGAAGGACAUUUAGAAAGAGAAAGGAAGCUGAUGGCUGAGGCUGGAGAUGAAAAAAUGAACGAUUCUCCGUCAGCUGAAAUUCCUGUUCCAAAAAUCGCUUCUGAAACAAUGAUCCCUGAUCCUGUUAAUAAGAGCGCUCCAGAAGUGAACACUCCAGAUGCAGUUGCAUCUACUGGAGAAAGUACCCCAUUACCAUCAGAGAUAGAUGUUGCUCCUACUAGACGUGGUAGAAGUGUAACUCUGCCUCGCAAACAGAUACCGCCUACAAUACAGAGGCCCAAGUCCAUGUCGUUAAGUCAAAAGUCAUCAAAUGGAAAUGGGCGUCAAAUGUUCAAUUCUGGGCCGACAAGACCACCGUUCAGAAUACCUGAAUUCAGGUGGUCUCCUAUUCAUCAACGAUUGUUAUCUGACUUACUAUUUUCAUUGGAAACAGAUAUUCAAGUGUGGAGAAGCCACACUACAAAAACUGUGAUAGAUUUUGUUAACAGUGGAGAAAAUGCAAUAUUUGUUAUUAACACCGUUCAUUUAAUAUCUCAAGUUGCUGACAAUAUAAUUAUUGCCUGUGGUGGUCUUUUACCUUUGUUAGCUUCUGCAACCUCACCAAACCAUGAGCUUGAUGUCAUUGAACCAACACAAGGCAUGUCAAUUGAAGUGGCUGUAGCAUUUUUACAGCGUCUUGUAAAUAUGACCGAUGUUUUAGUUUUUGCAUCAUCCUUAAGCUUUAGUGAAUUGGAAGCUGAGAAAAAUAUGUCCAGUGGAGGAAUAUUGAGGCAGUGUUUGAGAUUAGUGUGUACUUCAGCUGUCCGUAAUUGCUUGGAGUGUCGUGAAAGAAGUUUGCCACAAACACCUGUGUUACCUCACCCUAGUGCCAACAUGUCCAGAGAUGGCUUAAGGCCCUCCCCUAUCCAAGCUUUGAUUGGUGGCGUUCAGCCAUCAGCCAAGGUGGAUUUUAAUAUCGUGGAAAACCUAGGGGGGCAGAGUAGUCCUAUUAGAGAUCCCGAAAAACUCUUACAAGAUAUGGAUGUUAACCGCUUAAGAGCAGUUAUCUAUAGAGACGUGGAUGAAACAAAACAAGCUCAGUUCCUUGCUUUGGCUGUAGUUUACUUUAUAUCUGUCUUAAUGGUCUCAAAGUAUCGAGAUAUUUUGGAGCCACCACUUCCUCCAUCAUCCUUUACAUCUCGUCCUCCUGUUAUAUCAGAAAUGAGUCAUUAUACAGCCUCCUCUGCUACUUCGACUGCAGCCCAAACAGGGACUGAUUCAGAAUCCAGAAACAAUGGUCAAAAUUCUGAGUCUGUUAAUGUUUGUAAUGAGGAUGGUGAAGAUGAAGUAAUCAUUGUUGAAGACACUGAUUCUAGUAUAUUAGCUCAUUUACAUUCAUCUGGUGCUGCUGUCUCUGCUGUCAUUAAGACUCAGAAAGUUAAAAACGAUACGACUGCUCAACAAGAGGUGAUGGUGAAUGGAAAUGAAUCCGUGAGUCCUCAAAUUAAUGGCAAUGAAGGUCAUGCUUCUGAUCCUCCAGUCAUGCAAACCUCUUUGACUCAAAAUGGUUUUUCCAGAAAUAUGGAGUCCAUUGAUGGCUGCCAGCAAUCUAGAGAAGACCUUCACAUCACUUCACUUGGAAGUGCGGAUGAUUUCCACAUGUUGAGCUCCUCUCUGUCUAGAGAAGCUACUUUAACUCAGAAGUUAGAGUCUGCCCUGGGUAGUGUGUGUCCACUACUAAGAGAAAUUAUGUUGGACUUUGCCCCAUUCUUGUCCAGAACUUUGGUUGGCUCUCAUGGACAAGAUUUGUUGAUGGAAGGAAAAGGUUUGUGCACCUUUAAGAAUAGUACAUCAGUUGUUGAGCUCGUCAUGCUGCUAUGUUCCCAAGAGUGGCAAAACUCUCUUCAGAAGCAUGCAGGACUGGCAUUUAUUGAAUUGAUUAAUGAAGGAAGAUUAUUAUCUCAUGCAAUGAAAGAUCAUAUCGUUCGAGUAGCAAAUGAAGCAGAAUUCAUUCUAAAUCGCAUGAGAGCAGAUGACGUCUUAAAACAUGCAGAUUUUGAAUCUUUGUGUGCUCAAACUGUUCUUGAUCGCAAGGAAGAGGAGAAGAUGUGCGACCAUCUCAUUACUGCAGCUCGACGACGUGACAGUGUCACUGCGUCUAAGAACAUUGAAAAAAUAUUAAAUAUUUUGACAAAUAAACAUGGUGCCUGGGGAAACAAAAUUUGUAUGCCACCCCGAGAAUACCUGAAGUUAGAUUCUUGGGAGGACGAUGCUCGGAGGAGAAAACGCUUCAUACAAAAUCCUCAUGGUUCUAGUCACCCUGAAGCUACACUCAAAGCUGCUAUUGAGCAUGGAGCUCCAGAAGAUGCAAUUUUACAGGCCCGGGAAGAAUUUCACCAACAUUUAGCAAUUACACGUAGACAACAACAGCACCACUUACAAAGUAGUGAUUUACUUGAUGACAGUGAUUUGUGGGACGACAAAGAUCUGGAUGCUGAAUUAGCAGGUCCAGUGAGUUUUAGUACAAAAUGCAGAUUAGUUGCUCCAGGAGUUGUUGUGCCCGGUAUGCUGUCAAUUACUCAAGCUGAAAUGUUUUUCGAAGUCGAUGAAGAUGAUGCUGAGUACAAGAAGAUGGAUCCUGAGGUUAUCAAAUAUUGUGAUCAUGUCCAUGGGAAGUGGCAUUUUAGUGAGAUACGAGCUGUGUUCUCGAGGCGAUAUUUACUGCAAAAUGUUGCUCUGGAAAUAUUUCUGGCCUCAAGAACCUCCAUAAUGCUUGCUUUCAUGGAUCAUUUAACUGUGAAAAAAGUUGUGAAAGCCCUUCCAUGUGUUGGUGUUGGAAUUAAAUAUGGCAUUCCUCAAACUAGGAGGGCAUCUUUAAUGUCUCCUCGCCAAAUCUUCCAACAAUCCAACAUGACGCAGAAGUGGCAAAGAAGAGAAAUAACAAAUUUUGAAUACCUUAUGUUCCUAAACACUAUUGCUGGUCGAACUUACAAUGAUUUGAACCAAUACCCUGUUUUCCCCUGGGUGUUGACGAAUUAUGAAUCACCUGAGUUGGAUCUUAGCCUACCUAGUAACUAUAGAGAUCUUUCCAAGCCUGUAGGAGCGCUUAAUCCUAGCAGAAAAGCAUUUUUUGAGGAGCGUUAUGAAACCUGGGAACAUGAAACAAUACCUCCCUUUCAUUUUGGGACCCAUUAUUCAACAUCUGCUUUCACUUUAAACUGGCUAGUCAGAGUGGAGCCAUUUACAACCAUGUUCUUGUCAUUGCAAGGAGGUAAAUUUGAUCAUGCCAACAGGAUGUUCCAUUCUGUAGCUCAGGCUUGGAAAAAUUGCCAAAGAGAUACUUCAGAUGUUAAAGAAUUGAUACCUGAAUUUUUCUAUUUGGCUGAAAUGUUCAUGAAUAAAAAUGGUUAUCAGUUAGGCUGCCAAGAAGACGGUGUACCGGUGGUUGAUGUGAUUCUUCCACCAUGGGCCUCCACACCAGAGGAGUUUGUCCGUAUCAACAGAAUGGCUUUGGAAUCUGAAUUUGUUUCCUGCCAGCUGCAUCAAUGGAUUGAUCUUAUAUUUGGUUACAAACAAAGAGGUCCCCUGCAUCAACCUCCAUAUUCUGACAAUUCUCAAACUUCUCCUUCUCAAUUACCACUUGCCAUGGAUCCUCUUCUCAUUAUGAAUGUUGCCCCAUACAAGAGACACUUGGGUGAUAACUUUAGUCAGAGAGUCAAAAUGCGAUCGUGCUGUUUCGUUACAACUGUAGAUAGCAGGUUUCUCAUAGCAUGUGGAUUUUGGGAUAAUAGCUUCAGAGUAUUCUCGACAGAAUCUGCAAAAAUUGUCCAAAUUGUGUAUGGUCACUUUGGGGUUGUGACCUGCUUAGCUCGAUCUGAAUGCAACAUCACUUCUGACUGUUACAUUGCAUCUGGUUCUGAAGACUGCACUAUUCUGUUGUGGCAUUGGAAUGCUCGAACACAGUGUAUUGCAGGAGAUCUUUUGAACUGUCCAGAUAUUCCAACACCUAGAGCAACGCUUACUGGGCAUGAAAGUGAAGUUACCUGUAUAGUUGUAUCUGCAGAACUUGGUCUAGUUGUGAGUGGCUCUAAAGAUGGACCUGUUUUGGUCCAUACUACAAAUGGGGAUUUGUUGAGGUCACUUGAAGCUCCUGAAAAUUUCCGUUCUCCUGAACUGUGUGCACUUUGUAGAGAAGGCUUGGUUGUUGUUUGUUAUGACCAGUGCAAUGUUUGUUGUUUUACAAUUAAUGGUCGCAGACUUCGAAGUGACACCCACCAUCAUUCUAUACAGUGCUUAGCAAUGAGCAGAGACGGAGAGUACAUGAUGACAGGCAGUGACAAAGGUGUUGUUGAAGUCUGGCGAACUUUCAAUCUUGCGUUGCUGUAUGCUUUCUCGACAUGUGAUAGUGGUGUGAGGUCCUUGGCACUCUCCCAUGAUCAGAAAUUCCUCCUAGCCGGUUUAUCUAAUGGCUCAGUGACUGUAUUCUAUAUUGACUUCAAUCGCUGGCACCACGAGUUCCAGCAGCGGUACUAAAUUUGAAAGGGCUGCGACCUUGGUUUGCCCUUCAAAAUAUUGUAAACAUAAACUGUUGUUAAUAUCGUCGCUCUUAACAGUCCAUGUGGGUAGCAACCACAAAAACGGCUAAGUGCGGCUCAUUAUUUUCAUCUAGAAACCGGCCAUGCAAGAACACGAUGCUGUUAUGCACUCAUUUUACAGAUAAUCGGAACGACCUAUUAUUAAAAAAAAUGUUAAAUGUAAAUCAUUGACUCUGAAUCAUUCCAAAGGAAGUAUUGUUUUUUUUUCUGCUUUAGAUAUGUUUUUAUGUUUGUUUGCACUUAUUUUAUUGAAGUGAGCUGGCGCAUAAAAAAAAAUGAGCUCCAGCACAGUCCCUAGGUGCAUUUGUAGUGUUGUACUUAAAAGUUGUUGUACAGAUAGAACUCUGAACGUCCACAGCGCGAGGCCCUCCAGUUGUACAUAUAAAUAUAUUUAAAAAAAAGUACAUAGAGUUGUCAAUGUUUUUUGACACUUUCUGCCAAUUACAAGGUGUUGCAAUUUUCUUGAUAGUCUUUUAUCCCUUUCACUAAAUUUUGACUUCAGGGGUGUUCUUAUACGCUGACAAAGAUUUGCUUUGCCUAGAGAAUUCAGAAACUUGCUUUUGGAUUACAAAUUUAAA